AUGGCAUCUUUGUUCCGCAAGUGUCGAGAGGCUGUGAAAACCCUUGCAAAACGCCCUUCUUUGACUAAGGAUCCGAGACAAUUGCAAUUUGAAGCAGAUGUUAACCGCUUGUUCCUUUAUUCCAGUUAUAAUCAAUUGGGGAAAAGUGCGGAUGAAUCAGAUGCUGAAAAGAUUAUUGAAAAAGCCAGUAAUACCUCUUUUGCUGAUCAAGCGAUACAAGUACAAGAAAAUGUUCACUCACAAAUUAAGACGUUUUGUGCAUUCAUGGAUGAUAUUCUUCUUCCAAAUGAACAGACGAUGAAUGAUCCUCUUGGAUUAUCUCAACAAGCAAGUGUUUUGCCUCGCCGAAGUGGACUUAGUUUGGCUGUGGGUAGGAAUGGUUCAUCUCCCGAUAAUUCCGCUGGCCCUCAAACAAGACCAUUAAGCCAAGCCGAAGUUUCUCUGAAGUUAAAAGAUCAACUUGGCUACACACUCAAUAUUAAACCUUCUCAGAUAUCUCACAAGGAUGCAGGUCAGGGUCUUUUCUUAGACGGUGUCGUGAAUGUUGGUUCAGUGGUGGCCUUUUAUCCUGGUGUGGUCUACUCUCCGGCUUAUUAUCGUUAUAUUCCUGGGUAUCCGAAGGUUGGUGCGCAGAACCCAUAUUUGAUUACAAGAUAUGAUGGGAAUGUAAUCAAUGCUCAACCUUGGGGUUCUGGAGGGGACAAGAGAGAACUGUGGAAUGGUGGAUAUACUGUCGAAGUCAAGCCUGAUACGAAAGUAGCAGAGAAAGGUUCAGACAGGGUCUGGAAAGUGCUGAGUAAGCCAUUGGAAGGGAAAGGAGACAACGGUGAAGUAAUUGAACGACGAAAUCCAUUAGCAUUAGCUCAUUUUGCGAAUCACCCUUCAAAAGGAGUGCUACCGAAUGUCAUGAUUUGCCCCUACGACUUUCCAUUGACUGAAAACAACUUGAGAGUUUACAUCCCAAAUAUAUUGUUCGGAAAUGCAGAGGUGAAAAUGAGGAGAUUUGGCAGCUUUUGGUUCAAAUCUGGAGGGUCAAAGAAUAGCGGAUCGAAUGUUCCAACACUAAAGUCUCUUGUCUUAGUAGCUACUAGAGCCAUUCAAGACGAGGAACUUCUUCUGAACUACAGGCUGAGCAACACUAAGAGGAGGCCGGAAUGGUAUGCUCCGGUGGAUGAAGAAGAGGAUAGGAGAAGAUGGAGCUAG